GCAAAUAUCUGGAUGGAGCAUAUCGAAGCCAGUAUAAACUUGCAGCCUUGGGCGGUGAAGUUGUGGAAGCGCUAUGUGGAUGAUGUUUUCUGUAUUAUGAAGGGUGGGAAGCAGGAGGUGGAGCAACUACUCCGAUAUCUAAAUUCAAUUCAUCCGAAGACGAAGUUCACGUAUGAAUUGGAAUCACAGCGCAGUUUGCCGUUUUUGGACGUGAAAGUGAUUGGUCGAGUGGACGGAACCCUAACUCAUACUGUUUAUAGGAAACCUACACACACUGACAGGUAUUUGAACGCCCUUUCUCACCACCAUCCUCGUCACUUACAAUCGGUGGUUACCUCGCUAGUAAACAGAGCACAUGAUCUGUGUGACCCUGAAUAUUUAGAGAGUGAGAUGUCGCAUAUUCAGGAGGUACUAAGGAGGAACGGGUACAAGGUAAAAAAGUGGCAACCCAGACGAAAGGCAAGGCGGAAACGUCCUGAUGUCUCCAGACAGCCGGCAUUUUUGCCGUAUGUAAAAGGGGUAACGGAUAAAGUUGGCACAGUACUUGGAAAGUACUCUAUAAAGACGGUGUACACACCUUUAUCCAAAGUAGCAGGGAGCCUAAGGUCACCGAAGGACGUUAUUCCGUUCCAGUCACCUGGCGUUUAUAAAAUAGAUUGCAGUUAUGGUAGUUCCUAUAUCGGAGAAACUAAGCGCACCAUAGCAGAAAGAGUUAAGGAACAUAUCGCAGCUGUCAAAAAUCGUCAGGUCAACAAGUCUGCGGUGGCUGAGCAUUUGCUGGACGCAGUUUGCCGUUUUUGGACGUGAAAGUGAUUGGUCGAGUGGACGGAACCCUAACUCAUACUGUUUAUAGGAAACCUACACACACUGACAGGUAUUUGAACGCCCUUUCUCACCACCAUCCUCGUCACUUACAAUCGGUGGUUACCUCGCUAGUAAACAGA